AUGGUCAAGCCAUUGUCUUUCAAAGGUGAUAAGAAAACGAAGAAAAGAAAGCGCGUUGAUACAGCCGAGAAGUUUGGAGAUUCCGAAGCGUCAACCUCAACCUCCCAAGCAAUCGCAAAGUCCCAGGAAGAAGACAUCGCGCCAGAUGAUGAUAGUUGGGUAACAGCAGAAACUGCAGGUGAUGUUGUUGGGCCGGUGGUAUUUGUUCUACCGUCAGAUCCACCAUCAUGUAUAGCCUGCGAUACCAUUGGAAAGGUAUUUGCAAGUGGACUGGAGAAUUUGAUUGAGAACAAUCCUACAACUGCAGAACCUCACGAUGUAAGACAAGUAUGGGUUGCCAACAAAGUAGCAGGUACAGAGACUUAUAGCUUUAAAGGUCAUCACGGGAAGUAUUUGAGUUGCGACAAAUUUGGAAUUCUAUCUGCGAAUACCGAGGCUGUGUCGCCCUUGGAAUCGUUCCUCGCCAUACCAACUGCCGAUACUCCUGGCACAUUUCAGAUACAGACUUUGCGAGACACAUUUUUGACGAUGAAGCCAAUUGCAUCAGCAAAAGAAAAUGCUUUACCAGAGAUCCGGGGUGAUGCUGAAUCAAUCAAUUUCAAUACCACCAUACGAAUCAGAUUGCAAGCAAGAUUCAAACCGAAACUGAAGGCAUCUAAAGAGGAAAAGGCCAUUCAGAAAAUAAGCAGGAAAGAGUUAGAAGAUGCCGUUGGUCGAAGACUGGAUGACGAUGAAGUACGGAAACUUAAGAGAGCAAGAAGAGAAGGCGAUUAUCACGAGGCAUUACUUCUAAUCAAGGUAAAGAAUAAACAUGAUAAAUUUUUCGCCUCGGAUAUCUUCGAAGCCCAGGGUUCAAAGCCAGCAUAUAUCUAUGAUAUCGUGUCUGUUGCAGCUGGGCUUGCAUCGAUUUCAUCGGAUGAUUGUCUGCGGUUGCUAGACCCAACUGCUUUGAAUGGACAGCCACUGAAUACCAUCAAAAAAGUCAACUCUGAUGUUACGUGUUUGAAGACUAUUGGAAACAGUGACAGUUCUAUUGUGGUUACGGCUGGAAGGGAUGGAAAAGUGUGUUUGAUUGACCCGAGGACUGGUGGAAAGGUUGGGGAGGUUAAGAGUGAUCAAGGCGCUCCAAUCCUGUCCUUAGCAUGCUCAAAUACAAACGGCAUUGCUGCUGGAACAGAGUUGACAAACCACGAAGCAGCUAUUUCAAUUUGGGACGCAAGAUCUUUAGCUACUCCAGCCGUACAAUACGUGGAAAGUCACAGUGAUGAUGUCACAGAGCUACAAUUUCAUCCAACUCAGCAAUCACUUUUGUUGUCUGGUUCUACGGAUGGCCUCGUCAAUAUUUACAAUAUCACGAUAUCAGACGAGGAAGAAGCCCUCCAUCAGACAAUCAAUCAUGGUCACUCUAUAAAUCACGCCAACUUUCUUAGUGAUACGGAUAUCUUCGCUCUUUCGCAUGAUGAGCAGUUUUCUAUGUAUGAGCUAGUCACGAAUCCAGAAGAAGGGGUUGAAGAGCCAGCUCCAGUGGUAUAUGGUGAUAUGAGGGAGAACCUGGGAGGGGAGUAUGUAACAAACGUUCUGUGCAGACCCGAUGGAGGAGCUGUGUUGGGCAUUGGAAGUCAUAGUAAGAAUGACUUUGAUCUGGUACAAUUGAAGAAGGGAAAGCCUUGGGUAUUUGCCCCUGAGACAAAGGUUACACUUUCUGGGGCUCAUGGAUCGGAAAUAGUCAGAUCAUUUUGCUUUCUUGAUUCGCACAGAGCAGUAUUGACAGCUGGUGAAGAUGGAAAAAUCAAAUCAUGGAGAGUUUUUUGGCAGUUUAUAUUUCCAAUAAGUUAUGCGCAGGUACACGAAGAACUAGGAACAUCUCUCACGGCCGAGGGAAGUCCAAAGCCAUCUAUCCAAGCUCAACCAUCUGCAGCUCAAGAAUCACACCGAGCGCCACCAAUAAGGAAUACAGCUGAACAUGAGCUAGUUGAUCAAGCCAUACAUUUCCUCCAACGUUACGAACGAUCGAAUCCACGCUCUUCCUCCAACCCUUCAGGAAUUGUCAAAACGGUGACACAGUAUGUUGUUGCAAGUCUCCCAAGAUUGGUCCAGGGGCCGCCAUCCGAUGGAGAGAGUACAUCACACCAGCAGGCUCCAGGCCUCGUUGCAGAAGCAGUACAAAUCUUGGAGCAAGCAGCUCAUGUCAACAACUCCGAUGCUAUCUAUCUUCUAGCGCAAAUGAACUUUUACGGAAAUUACUCAUAUCCUAAGGAUUACAGCGAGGCAUUCAGGAGAUAUCAUCAAUUGGCAUCAUUAGAUGGAAACAGCUCGGCACAGUACAUGAUCGGAUUUAUGUAUGCGACGGGAAUUGGAGGCGCUGUUGAGCAGGACCAAGCAAAAUCUUUGCUAUAUCAUACAUUCGCCGCCGAGGCGGGAAGCACCAGAUCUGCGAUGACUUUAGCUUUCCGGCAUCAUAGUGGAAUUGGUUUGUCAAGAAAUUGCGACACGGGCAUUAAAUAUUACAAGAAAGUGGCGGAUAAAGCGAUUGAGUGGCAUCGAUCCGGACCGCCAGGAGGUAUGGCAUAUGUCCAGGACUCAUUCCAACUUGCAGAGAAUGAUGGCGGAGUUUAUGGUGAAGGGGCAAGUUUCAGUAGCGCCGGAAACAAUGCAAAUCGUGGAGGGCCAAAUUCAGAUACCCAUGCGGCUUUGGAUGAUGUUCUGGAGUAUCUCGACUUAAUGUCUAGGAAAGGUGACUUCAAAGCCACUUUUAGCCUGGGACGCAUUCAUUACGAUGGCCAAAAAGGACUUCCACGAAACCUAAAGAGUGCGAAAUGGUAUUUCACGAAGGUAGCCAAGCUUUAUUGGACGAGAAAUGGAAAAAUAAUCGAAAAUGAUAAACCGCAACUAGACAAGAUUGCUGCCAAAUCUGCAGGAUAUCUGGGUCGGAUGUAUCUAAGAGGGGAGAGUGUGGAUCAGAGCUAUGAAAAGGCCCAGACUUGGUUCGAACGCGGCAUCAAAAAUGGUGACUCUGGUUCUCAAUAUGGGAUGGGUUUAAUGUACCUUCAUGGUUUAGGAGUGCCCAAAAAUUCCGUAUUAGCACAACAGUACUUCAAGGCUUCUGCCGACCAGGAUUAUGCGCCUGCUCAAGUCAACCUGGGAGCUAUGUAUCUGGACCAAGGUACUGACAACGACAUCAAGGUUGCUAAUCGAUAUUUUGAACUCGCUGCACGAUAUGGUAACAUCGAAGCUUACUAUUAUCUCGCCGAACUCAUCGAUCAAGGAGUUGGCCGCGACCGAAGCUGCUCACUGGCAACUGCAUACUACAAGAACGUUGCAGAGAAGGCAGAACCUCUUCUGACGUCCUUCGCCGAAGCGAAUAACGCAUAUGAGCAAGGCAAUGCCGAAUUGGCUUUGGUUGGUUAUAUGCAUGCGGCAGAACAAGGAUAUGAAAAAGCACAAUCAAAUGUUGCAUAUAUCCUAGAUGAACAAAAGUCGAAAUUAGCAAUUCCUUCUUGGCUUACUCUCGUAUCCUCGUCACGACCUAAGUUAUUACAAAAUGCGGCACUUGCACUGCUCUAUUGGACCCGAGCGGCCAAGCAAGCAAAUAUAGACGCUUUAGUCAAGAUGGGUGAUUAUUAUCUCAAUGGUAUUGGUACAAAACCAGAUUUGGAGAAGGCUGCAGCUUGUUAUACAGCCGCAUCCGAGUUUCCUCAAAGUGCCCAAGCUUUAUACAACCUGGGCUGGAUGCAUGAAAACGGUGUUGGUCUCGAUCAGGAUUUUCACCUUGCGAAGAGAUAUUAUGAUCACGCUUUGGAGACAAAUGAAGAAGCAUAUCUACCUGUAACCCUCAGUUUGUUGAAGCUACGUAUCAGAAGUGCAUGGAAUUCUUUCACACAUGGCAAGGUCAAUUCCAUUAUCGAUGAACCAGCUCCUCGAAAGCAAUGGUCACUAGGGGAAUGGAUCAGUAAUUUCCUCCAAGAUGACCAUCCAUACUACGCCGAUUACGACGCAGAUGAUGCUUACGGUUCCGUUCACGAUCCUAUGCCAGGCGGUGAUACAGAUGGACUCUAUGACGACAUCCUGGAUGAUGGAUUAGUAGAAAGUCUUCUUAUUAUUGGGCUAGCUGCCGCCCUGGUAUUCUUGAUAGUAUAUAGGCAACAGAGACAGGAAGCGCACCGAAGAGACGAAGGAGCAGCUGCGAAUGCGCAACAAAAUGCGCAACCAGCUAAUGGAGAGGUUCCAAAUAGAGGACUUUUCCCACAGCCAGGGGAUGCGAAUCUUAAUGACUGGGUCGCGGGUGGAGUAGGACAUUAA